AUGGAUAAUGUGGUUAAGAUGCUUAACAGCGAACAGGUUCAAUAUCUCAACAAUUACAACCGUCCACUCCAAAACAAUCCAUACUCCAAUACCUAUAAUCCAGGGUGGCGUAAUCAUCCAAACUUUGGAUGGAAGGAUCAAGGAAACCAACAAAGAUCAAUGAAUCCACCGGAUUUUCAAUCGAAACAACCACUUCCGGAGUCUAAACUAGCUUGGGAAUUGGCAAUUGAGAAACUAGCAAAUGUAUCAAAUGAUAAAAUUGAAAAACUAGCUAGUGCCACUACUCAAAGGGAGCAUGUGAAGGCCAUAAUCCUCCGUAGUGGUAAGAAAGUGGGUGAUCCUCCUGUGAUUGAAAGUGUGAGAGAACAUGAAAGUAGAGAAAACAAACAGUCGAGUGAGUUAGACAAGGUGGAAGAAAACAAGCCACAGAUUAUAGAGACAACACAAAUUCCUCCACCGGUGCCAUUUCCACAAAAAUUGAAGCCUUCGAGAAGUAACAAAGACUUUGAGAUGUUUGUCAACAUUUUCAAACAAUUACAUAUUAAUAUUCCUUUUGUUGAUGCUAUUUUACAGAUUCCUUCGUAUGCAAAAUUUCUCGAGAAGAUAAUGACUAAGAAAAGGAAAUUAGAAGAUAGCGAGACUAUUGCAUUAACGGAGGAAUGUAGUGCCAUCAUACAAAACAAAUUACCACCAAAGUUGAAAGAUCCAGGGAGUUUCACAGUUUCUUGCACUAUUGGUAAUAUAGAAUUCUCUAAAGCACUAUGUGACCUGGGUGCUAGUGUUUCAUUGAUUCCUUUAACUGUAGCUAGGCAAUCAGGGUUGAAAGAGUUAAAGCGUACUAACAUUUCUUUGCAAUUGACUGAUAGGUCUAUUAGACAUCCAAUGGGUAUAUUGGAGAAUAUGCUUAUUAAAGUGUAG